AUGUUGGGAAUGGGGCUGAGCUCUCCCCGCCCCCUCUCGUGCCGGCAGCUGGAGGAAUUCCUGAACCACUCGUCGCCCUUCUCCAUCUGGGUGAACGGGGAGCGCCUGGACUCGCUGCUGGAGCGGGACGAGCGGCAGGAGCGGCAGCUCGAGGACCUGGAGGAGCGCUUCGGGCUGCUGGAGGACGGCAUCGACGGCCUCUUCCAGGACAGCUUCCAGCUCCACGGCCGCGCCCUCCCGUUCUUCCAGGCGCCCUUCGGGGGCUUCCGCGAGUCCUUCCGCGACCCCCUCCCCGCGCAGCGCGUGCGGCUCUUCCCGCAGCGCCGCUUUUCCCGGGAUCUGCACGCGCCGUUCCUGCGGCACCACCCGCACCGCGGCUUCCAGCACCUCUUCCAGCCGCUGCUGGACAUGACCCAGCGCAUGCUGGAGGACGCCCGAGGGAGCUGGGAGCGCCCCUGGGGGGAUUUGGGGCCGGAGUCCCGGAACUUCAGCAACGACCGCAUGGUGUGCAAGGAGAUCCGCAGGAAUUCCGCCGGCUGCCUCAGGAUGAGGGACGAGUGCGAGAAGUGCCGGGACAUCCUGGCUGUGGACUGCGGGCAGGAGUCGCCGUCGCAGGGGAGUGCGGAGCAGCUGGAGGACGCGGUGCGGGUGGCCGAGCGCUUCACCCGGCGCUACGACGACCUGCUGGGCGCCCUGGAGGCCGAGCUGCUCAACAGCACCGCGACCCUGCAGCGCCUGAGCCGCCAGUUCGGCUGGGUCAGCCGCCUGGCCAACCUCACCCGAGCCGGGGACAGCGACACCGCCCUGCGAGUCACCACGGUGCUGUCCAAGGCCCCGAACCCUCUGGACCCCUCUGCUCCCCCGGACACGCAGGUGACGGUGCAGCUGUGGGACUCGGAGCCGCUGGCGCUCACCGUGCCCGGCCACAUCCCCUGGGACGAUCCCAAAUUCAUGGAGAUCGUGGCCCAGCAGGCGCUCGGGCGCUACAAGGAGAACGCCAUAGAGUAGCAGGGAGAUCCCGAUGUUCCGCAGCACAUCCAGCCCCAUUCCAAGCGGGAAUUGUCACCGUUGUUGUGCCCUCCCCACCCCCACCUCUCCCUCUUCCCGCUGCAGGGACCCCCCUUCCCCUGCCGGGGGUCCCGAACAGGCAAUAAAGGUAGAGUUGAACCCCUG